CCAUUUCUGUCUCUCCGUCCACGACCAGGUCUGUUCAUCUUGGAGCCGCCGGCCCACGCCGCUCUGGUGUGCAGCAUCUCGGAGAGACGCGGGACACGUUUGGAACACUUUUACGCGCGCAUGUUGCGCACUGGGAGUUACUGGAUAUAAGGAUACGCUUUCCCCAGUUUAUGGAAUAAAACAGCUUGAACAUGAUACUACUUAUAAAGCAAAUCCUGUGGCUAUAUUGUCUCUGUCAAGCAGCAACUGCAAGCGUUCCCAGCACACUAUCAAUCAUCAAGCCAGUCACCGGGUCCCUCUCAGGCAAGGUGACCCUUCCCUGCUUCUUCUCAACUAUCCCCACCUCUGCACCAGUCGUCCACCGGAAAGCUGUCGCUAUUCAUUCCAAAGACCACUUGCGCAUCAAAUGGACCAAAAUAGAGGAUGGGGUAGAGUCAACAGUUCUGGUGGCUCAAAAUGGGGUCAUCAAGAUUGGCUCCAGCUACAGAAACCGGGUAUCCGUGCCCAGUCAUCCUGAGGAUGUGGGAGAUGCCUCGUUGACAAUGGUGAAGCUCCUCGCGAGCGAUGCUGGCACCUAUCGCUGUGAGGUCAUGUAUGGAAUUGAAGACACCCAAGACACAGUUAACCUCAAUGUGGAUGGUGUCGUCUUUCACUACCGUUCCAAAGACAGCAGGUACACGUUUGACUACCAGAGUGCUGUGGAGGUUUGCCAUAGAGUCGGAGCCAGCAUCGCCUCGUACGACCAGCUGAAAGCGGCUUACGAAGAUGGGUUCGACCAGUGUGACGCUGGAUGGAUUGCUGACCAAACAGUGAGAUACCCGAUUAAAACGCCCAGGAAGGGCUGCUAUGGCAACCUCAGGGCAAAACCAGGUGUGAGGUCAUAUGGAAUCAGAAAACCCACAGAAACCUAUGAUGUGUAUUGUUAUGUGGACAGCCUUUAUGGUGAGGUGUUCUUCGCUCCUGUAAGCUAUAAAAUGACUUUUGAUGAGGCAAGAGAAGAAUGUAAGAAGAGGAACAGCGAGCUGGCAAACACCGGCCAGCUUCAUGCCGCCUGGCGACGGGGCCUGGACCGUUGUGACUACGGCUGGCUUUCCGACGGCAGUGCCCGACAUCCUGUUGCUGUACCCAAAGUCCAGUGCGGCGGAGGCCUGCUGGGUGUCAGGACCAUGUAUCGCUAUAGGAACCAAACCGGAUUCCCAGAACCAAUGACUAAGCUCGGAGCUUACUGUUUCAAAGGUAGGAAACCGAUGAUCAACCAAACUUUGUUUGUGGAUUUGUCAGUGGUCAAUGCCACCAGCGCCACCUUCACCUCCUCCACCAUUCCUUUACUCGGGAGCAGUGUGCUUACUGAAACCCAAACUCCUGAAACUGAAUCCGAUAAUGAAGCAGAGACGACAAAUCCUCCGUCCAUGUUUUCUACCAGUAUGGCUCCACCUCCACCCACUCCAGCCGGCACAGAAGAAGAGUUAUUCUCCACCGUGGCACCGACCAUGAUGGACGAACAUGAAGACAUUGAUGACUUGGCACCAGUGGAGCCGGACUUUGAUAUUGAUGACUUCAUAGAUGAAAACGUGACCUAUGUUGAGUCUGUUCCUCAACGGGGCGACUCCUUACCCGAGCUCCACGCCACAACCGGAAGCACUGUCGUAACGGAAUCGGGAGAAAACGAAGCGCCGGACGAUUAUUCCGUGAUUGAGAUCAAUACCAUUUCACCCGAUGUGGCCUUGCCAGACACAACCCUUAGCACAGAGCCCAUGUUUGCCGAGGGGAAGACUGAAGAAACUAUUGUGGAUUCUGCCGAAAAGGAAUCAACUGAUUUGACCGCGUCAACUGAUUCAGCGACCACAUUUCCGUUAUAUGAUGGUGACGAAAUGGAGACAGAUUUACUUGUGGAAUCACUGCCACCGACACAACCACAAGCCACAUCACAUGACAUCUUACUGAGCACGGAUGAAACAGACAUCCCCACCACCACCGACACGCCCCCGGAAACCACCACACAGCACACGCAGGACCUCAUGACACAGGAAGAAACCCUGUCUGCAACCUGGACAGGCCUUCCCAUUCUCAUCGAUGUCAGUCCGACGUCACCAGAGGACGUGUCCUCAGGUGUCUUUGAUGAGUCCACAGCUCAGGUGUUGGAACAAAGCAGUGAUGCUCUCACUUCCACAGACAUUGAUGCAGAGUUCUUCACAUCCGCUCCGAUAGUUUCAGCUGCAGGCGGUUCCAGCAGCACCGUCGCUCCGGGAAAGACGGUCACAGAGUUCAUCAAGGACACCACAGUCAUGCAGAAGGAGAGCACGUCAGUUGACCAGGUCCUUCAAACACAAGACCCUCAUUCCCCUGUGCUACAAGUGGUACCUAAUAAUUCCACUCCAUCUAUGGUAAAUGGUGAGCCCAUCUUGCAGAGUGGCAAUCCAGAUUCAUCAUCUACAUCUGUAACUACCGCUCCAGUUAGUUUAAUAAAUGACAAACUUCAGAUCACGCUCAAUCAGUUGGGUCCCGAGGACAAUCAAGCCAAAGUUACACACAUUAUGACAAAUGUGACAACUUCCGAAGCAAGCGAAGAAGUAACUACAGUGUUUGAUAACAGCUGGACCGACCAAAGAGGCGAUAGCGUCACCACAUCAACAGAUGGGAUCCUUUCAAGCACAGAAACACUGAACCCGGAUGAUCUUGACUAUGACAUUGUUCCAAAAGUUGAAACAAAUCCUCCUCCAAUUUUCCCUGAACAUGAAGAGGGCAUCACACAGAAACACAUAACCUCAACAUUGGCUGUCCCCACACCAAUUGAAACCACACAAAAAGCCGGAAUGACAACCACACAGGGGAUGUGGGAUGUGACAACUAGUUCUGCUAAUAUGCGUCCGACUGUAUCAACAGCUGAUGCACAUACAACCAAAAAAGCAGAGGACACCCAAACAACAGUAACAGAUAAGGACAUCUCUAAUGUCAUCACCACCAUUGCACAAACAGAGGUAGGCGUGUCAGGGGGGAUGCGCGCAACUAUGCAGAGUGACUCACAAGUGACUCAUACAGAAAAGACGGAGGAUGGAACUCCUUCUCCUUCCGUAGCUGAACUCCACACAGACAUAUAUUUUGAUGUGAAUACAUUGGAGGAAAUACAAAGCACACAAGUCCCUAUGGCUGCCGGGGAUUCCUCUCAAGGUAUUCCUUUGUCUGUGUACCCACAUUUGACUGAUUAUUCUCCUGGGAAAACUACAAGUCACUCCGAGAGCUCCACUCAAGAUAGAGAGGAAGCGAAAGAGGUCCAUAAUCCUGAAGAAAUUGACUCCAACACAACAGAACACACAUUACUAAGGAAUUCAGAGUCCCCUGAACAUACUACUGUUUUUAUUUAUAACACAGAGGCUUCAACAACUACUCAAAGAGCUUCAGGGGCGUCUCCAGUAACUGCUGAAGAAACAGGGGAGAGCACAAUAAUGCCUCCAAGUAUGGUUACACGUAUUUUCUCAACUCUUUUAGAAACAGGGGAUAUAGUUACUUCAUCCAGACCUGAAAAAGAACUCAAGGCAGUAACAGAUGAAAAAGAAGAAUCAUCAACUCUUGUUUCUGAAUUUGAUGAUGUUAGGAACAAUGUGACAAUGAUGAUUGCGUCAGUUCCUCCGUUCGGUGGGUCAACCAUUGAAACUGGUACAGAAUCACUGGUCGCUACCACAGACCCCAAAUCAUCCGGAGACAUCAUUGAUGUGGUUGCCGAAGAGUCAAACAUCAUAACUACCAUAACUUCAAUGUUUAGUACAGAGACACCAGCAGUAACAGCAUCACAUGAAGAUGGAACAAAUGACAUUCCAAGGAUAUCAACCUCUUCUACAUCACCCCUAAGCACUGAAAAAACAACUUUAGGAUUUAUGGAAAUACAGGAGAAAGAUAAAGAAUCCAUACACCCAGAGGCAAGCUCUACUUUCCCUACAUCAGAUAAAAAUUGGUCAGGUGAUCCAAUCCAGACAGCAUCUCCUACAUUCUCCUUGUUGUUUAGCACUGAGACAUCUACAUUGCUUGAUGCUGAAAACACAAACAUUUCUGUAACAGAUCCAAAUAUUUUAGGCAUUGGAACUGGAGUUCUGACUACAAUGGCUGAGUCUGUUCCUUCAUUGAGUAUAUCAACCACCCAACCUGGGCUGGUAUCAUUCUCCUCUGCCACAGACACAGAGACUUCCGGAGACAGCACAGAUGAGUUUACCAGUGAGCCAAAACUCAAAACAACAGUUCCUUCAUUGUUUAGUACAGAGACACCAUCAGUGACAACAUCACAAGACGAUGGAACAAUUUCCAUUUCUAAAACAUCAGUUACUGCUGCAUCAUCCCUUUACAGCACUGAGAAAAUAAACCAAAUGUCUACUGAAAUGCAAACAUUCAGAACAACAAAUACUAAUGAAGUAGUAUUAACAACGGAGAAACAGGUUCUGAUCCCAGGCAAUCAAGAGGGUUCAGGUGAUGAAACCCAGGACAUUUUUCUUCAGACUUCUUCUGUCACUGCUGCGUCUACAGUUCCCCACACCACUGAGGCAUUAAUAACAGGGCCUGCUAUUAUAUCAUCUACCAUGUCAGAAAUCAAGGUUGAAAAUGUGAGCACUGAGUCCAUUCGACCUGUCAUUGGGUCAAGUAUGACACCUGAAGCCGAAUCAACAUCAGUUAGUGCAACUUUCACAGAAAGUUCUGGAGACACCUCUGUAUAUCUUACUCGAGAGCCAUUAAUUUCUGUAACUACUUCCACUGAGACCCCAGGAUUGACAGCAGAAUCUAAUAAACCACUUACAGUGGACUCAUCAGCACCACAAGAGACAAGUUAUGCUACAGAGACCACAGGCAAACAUAUCACUGAGAUGCCCAUAAAAGUCACGACAUCCUCAGAAGGUUCCUCACUUUUUAUCACAGAGAAACCAACAGACACAAGAACAGUGUCUCCAAGUGUUACUUCUAUUGUAUCCUCCACAGUUGCAGAUGUUUUGGAUGAAGGUAUGUCCAGUGAGAUUAUAAUGGUGGAGUCUGUUGCCUCAUUCACUGAAGCAACCAUCAAACCUGAAAUGUCAUCCUUUUUUACCACACAAGACACAGAGAGUUCUGGAGACAUAAUUGAUGAGUUUACUGGGGAGUCAAAAUCCAUAGAACCUACGGUUUCAUCAAUAUUUAGUACAGAUACACCAGCAGUGCUUAGUUCACAUAAAGAUGAAACACCAGAAACAUCAGUUACUGCUACAUCAUUAAUUUAUAGUACUAGGAAACCAACUCAAAUGUCUCCUGAAAUGCAUAUAUCAAGUACAAUUAAGACUAAUAACAUGACCUCUACUAAGAUCCCAGAAUAUCAAGAUGGUUCAGUUCAUCAAACCCAAGACAUGCCAUUGGCGACUGCCAUAUCUCCCCUUUACAGCACUGAAACACCAACAGAAACCAUUCCAAAUGUAUCUUCUCCAUCUGUCAUUGACUCAAACACAACCUCUAAAACAAAAUUGUCAUCAAUCAGUGCAACUUUCACCGAAGGUUCUGGAGUGCAGCCAUCCUUUACUAUCACACAUACAGAAAGUUCUGGAGAUGGCACAAGUGAGUUUAGUAAAGAGUCCACAACACCUUCUAUUUCUUCGUUGUUCAGUACAAAGACUCCAGCAGUGACCAAAUUCCACGAGGAUGUAACCAAAGACAUUGUAAAAACACCUGUGACUACUUUUUCGUCUCUCUACAGUACCGAAUCAAAUCAAGUGUCUGCUGGAAUGCACGCAUCAUUAAAUCCAGACAGGACUGAGGAAACCUCAGUUAAGAUUCCAGUAGAUCAAGAUGGUUCAGGUGAAGAGACCCAAGACAAGGUCAUUCAGCAAUCUUCCAGAGUUACAUCUAAUCCAUACACCACAGAAGCAUCAACAAUAGAAUCUCAUGUCAGUGUAUUAUUGACUGUUCCAGAGACUGAGGUCGCGGUCACUGAUUCCAUUCAAUCCCUCACUACUGACGGUAUCUCACCUGAAACUAAAUCAUUAUCAUUUGUCAGUACCUUUUUUACACAAGGUUUGGAAGACAUUACUGUUGAUCCAAUGAAUAAUAUACCCAGACAGGUCACUGAAUCUCCGGCAGCUUCCUCCUCAAUGUUUAGCACAAAAAAAACAACAACACAACAGCCUCUAGAAGGAAAAGACCUAGUUUCAUCUUUCAUUCAGAUCCCAACAGAUGAAGAUAGUUCAGGUGACCAAACCCCAGAAAUGUUCCAUCAGACGUCUUCUGCCAUUACUGCGACCCCCUCCAUCACUGAGGCACUAACAUCUGGACAUAAUUUUGUAUCAUCUACUGUCACAAAAAAUGAGAUUGAAUAUGUGAACACUAAUUCCAUUUCAUCCGUCAUUAGAUCAAGUAUAACACCUGAAACAACAUCAUCAUUUGCAAGUGGCACUGUUACAGAAAGUUCUGGAGACACUGUGGAUCUCACUGGAGAAUCUUUAAUUUCAGCCACCACUUUCUCAUUAGAUAGAACUGACACCACGACACUCUCAGCUGCAAAGAGCUCAAAUGAAGGAAUUACCAAGAUACAGAACAAAGUCAUUGCAACUACAGCAGCUUCCUCCUUGUUUAGCACAGAGAAACAAACAAAACUACCACUUGAUGAAAAGGACACUGAUGCCUCAAGUUCAUCUUUCUUAUACAGCACUGAAACAAUGUCACAUGAACCAGCCAGCCAUGAAACUACAAUGACAUCGGUUACAAAAGAACCUUUUGUUUCAUUGGCCUCUGUCCAAAAUUCUCCAACAGAUUCACCUAUUUUAUACUCUACUGUUUCAGUAACGGAUGGUGAAAUUCUGAGCAGUGAGACUAUGAGGGUUGACUCUGUCCCUUCCAUCAGUGUGUCAACCAUCCAACCUGGAAUGUUAUCAGUUGUCACGACUACAGACACAAAUGGCUGUGAAGACAGUACUGAUGUCAUACAAGAGCGACAAACUACCCUUUCAUCUCAUUCAGAUUCAGUAUCAGUCAGCACAAGUGAAGGUUCUGGAGAACUAUUUAAUCUUAAUGAAGAUUCCCUCAUUUCAGCAGCAACAUUCUCUGCAAUCUUUGGCACGGACAUGCCAGCAGUGACAACAGCACCAUCGUUACCACAGAAGACAGUUCCGACAUUCUCAGGAACAGAGGAAGAGAGUUCAGGUGAAGAAAGAACACUGUCUACAACUAUUACUUCUUCAUCAUUGUUUAGCACAGUAAAAACAACAGAACAACCACUUGUGGAAAACAAAACUGUUCCAAAAGUUUUUUCUUUGUACAGCACAGAUCCAGUGCCAAGUAAAACAACAGAUAGCCAUGAAACAAAGUUGUCAUCAGCCACUCCUGGCACUACAACACAGACAAAGAGUUCAGGAGAUAUUAGUGAGGAGUUUACUGGAAAGCCAAAUAUUAUCAAACCUACUGUUUCUUCACUGUUUAGUACAGAGACACCAGCAGUGAAAGCAGCAGAUGGUGGUGGAACAAGUGCUUUCGCCAAGUUAGCUGUUACUGCUGCAUCAUCUUUGUACAGUACGGAGAAACCAACUACAGAUAUGUCGUCUACUCUUUCAGACUAUGAAGACAUUGAUAAAAACAUUGCUAGUGACACCAUGGUUGUUGAGUCUGUUCCUUCCCACAGUGAAUCAAAUACCACACCCGCAAUGGUACCCUACUUCACUAUCCCAGACACUGAGAGUUCUGGAGACAGUACAGAUGAACUAUUGAAGCAGUCAACAGUCGCAACAUUUUCAUCAAUGUUGAGUACAGAGACACCAGCAGUGACAGCAUCACAAGAUGAUCAAUCAAGUGCAAGUUUUAAGACAUCAAUACAUGCGUCAUCCAUCCACAGUACUGGUAAACCUUAUUCAGUCUCUCCUGAAAUUCUAAAGUAUGUGACUUCAACUCAGAGAGAUGAACAAUUGUACACAAGUGGGCCUAGCUUUUUCUCAACCUCAGGUGACCAUGAAGGGUCAGGUGAUGAAACCCAAGAUCCAUUUGCGCCAACAUCUUUCCCAUUUACAUCUUUUGCCUCAAACACUGAAACAAUUGAAAGAGUAGAACGUGACCAAACAACUAAACCUACGGUGUUUUCAUACUCAAACAAACCAACCUCCACUCCCAUUUCUUCUGAAACAAGUUCUACUGCAGAAUCUUUACUCAACUCCUCUGAUUUGUCAUUUACUCUUCCAGACAUCAAGAUUGACAUUAGUAGCCCGACCCACAUUGUCGAUUCUAUUCCUUUUCUCAGUAAAACAACCAUCAAAUCUGAAAUCAUUCAAGAAUUUGACAGCUCUGGUGACCACACUUCGGAUUAUUCUAAACUUCAAAUAAGUGAAACAACCUCUGUCUCAUCUAUGUCUAGCACACUUAAAGCAGUACCAACAGAACUAACUGACCAUGUUGUGGCCACUGUAGUGUCUACUGCACACAGCACAGAAAAACUAACAACAAUUUUAAGUGAAAUGCAAGAAACUUUUGAAGCAAGUCAUACAGAAAAAAAAAUAGCGACAUUUGGACCAACUACAGAUGACAAGAGCGACGUACAUCUUUCCAUUGAAGAGACCGUUACUAACGAUUCACUCAACCCUGAGAGACGAACACUGGAGCCAAGGAUAUACACAUCUGAUCACGUGGAAGGCUCUACUGAAGUAACUACUGGGUCUUAUUUCUCCAGCCUGUCUGCACUUCAAAGAACCACCGCUGCAACGCUUACACAGUCAACAGUUACACAAAACCUACACAGCACUGAAAAUCCUUCAGCUAUUCCAAUCAUAAAUGAAUUUGACGUCAAUUCUGCAAUAAUUCUGACAGAACAUGACAGCUCAAAUGGACAAACAACUGAAAUUUUACAAAAGGAAUCUUCUAGCUUGUCUUUUUUGCCAACUACAGAUAGUACAAUGGAAUACAGCGGCCACUCAGCUGUCGUGAUUGGCACCUCACAAACAGCUACUAAAUCUCCAAUCCCCCUAAAGCCUUCCAUUCAAAUAAUUGAUGACACAGAAUUUAUUGAGCAAAACCCUGACUUUACCAAAGCCACUGAGCAAACAUCCACUAUCAUCUCUUCGUUGUUUAGUACAGCAAAACCAGCACUAUCAACAGCAUUAUAUGCAUCAAGUGGAAGAGGAAGCACAACAUCUCUGGUUACUACAGAUUAUUCUCAGGAAAGCACAGAGAGUCCAAGUUUACCUGCUACACAAAAAAACACAGGAAAAUCCACUAUAACUCCUGAAACAUUAUCUGUAAACAUCUCCACUGGAUUCACCGAAGAACCUUCAUCUCACCUUGCCACUGACAAUGUUGCAUCGACAUCUGUGUACAACAGCAUACAAGAUCCAGUGACAACCAUUUCAAUUGACAGUACAGAAGUUUCCAACACAGAUGUAACCAAUGUGGAAGAGGGAUCUGGAGUGACACACUUAAGUCUUUCCAGCACUAAGUCCCCAGCACCUUCAAAACACAGCAUCAACACAGACAUUGACUUACUAGAAGCAGUGCCUGCUGCCAGAACAACUUUUGAUCCUGUCAGCACAUUGUUUGUUUCAGACUCCUUAUUUACAAAUGAAGAAGGUUCAGGUCAUUUGCACAGCACUCCAAUUUUAACCAUGUUCACCACAGAGAAACCUGAAUCAACAGUUCCUCCAGCUAAUGUUCAUAGGACAGAGACAGCAAGCCAAGUUCUUACGGAAUCUGUAUUAUUUACCACAAAGAAUCAAUUAAUAACACCAUCAACAGAAACCCAAACAAAUACAGUUUUAAAACCUCAAGUGACCUUAGUUUCAUCUCUGUUCAGUACAGAGAAACCAACAUCAGUGCCCUCACUUAAAGGUGAAAACACAUCACCCCUAUCUUCUGCAACAGAAAAAAGUCAGAUAUCAGAGAGCCAGAGUGCUGGAAGCUCAGGAGAUGCCACGUCUGCCAUCACCAUUGAAAUUUCUCUAGAAACACCAAAUGAAGAAUCAUCUUUAGAGCAAACAACCACGUCAAAACCCACAUACCGACCAUCAUUUCCAUUCAAGAAGACUGAAGAAGAAAGUUCAGGUGAUUCCCAUGUAUUCGACCCUACUCAGCCCAUGGUGACCCCAAUUUUCACUGUGUUCCCCUCAAAAGAAACUUUCACUUAUGAUGACAUGGAGUUCUCUGGGCAUUCACCUGAAGAAGACGACUUAGAGACAAGUUCGGAUGGAUCAGGUGGGGGUAUACCCAUUGAUACAACAGAUGAGUUGGAAACUGACGAGAUCACAUCUGAUUUGUCAACACAACCAAACAAACAGUCCACAAAGGAAUUUGUGUCAUCAACCAAGUCUCCAAGUAUGACGAGUGAUGAGAUUUACCUAACUGAUCAAGGAAGUGGUGUCUUCACUGAUGAUUCCCCAAUGGAAGAAGAGAGUUCUGGUACUGACUUUUUUGACAUAUCAACGUCUCUGCCAAUAGCAAAACCCUCAGUGCUUGACACAACUAUAGCGUCCACAGAACAAAUCCCUCUUUUACCAAGUGCUUUCACUGAGCACAGUCCAAAUUUGUCCAAAUUGUUUUCACAUGAGACACAAACAAGAUCAGAGAAAAAAGAAGAAGAAAUCUCAGGAGAGCAUUCCAAAAUUGUGCCAACAGAUGCUUGGACUACCAUGUCAUCAAAAAUAGCAUCUCAUGAAAAUCUAUCUACUGAUAGUGAAAUGGUUACAGCACAUUCCGUCCACACCACAACCAACCAACUAAACAACACAGAGAUUCCAUUAACAGGCCCAUCUAACAGUCCACCGUUUGCUGUGACUGGAGUGUCUUCCCUCCUCAGCACAUCCAAUUUGGUGUCUUCUGUCCAAUCAGUUGUUACAUCCGGAACUGAUCAAUCAACGUUAGAUUUCACAUUGGCAGAAGACGAGGGCUCUGGUUACCAAACGACACAGACGUUAACUGCUUAUCCAUCUUUGAUGACUGUAACAUUUAAUGAGGCAACACGGGAAACCAAAACCUUUGUUGCAGCCACUUCAACAACGGAUAAACAGGUUUCCUCACAAGAGAUAGACUUAACCAACAUUCCUGAGAUGACGCAUUCUCCCAUUUUUAGCACUGGUACUAAUAAAAUAACUGUAGCUAAGGAUGCAACACAAUCGGCCUAUACAACUGCCCUACCCUAUUCAAUUGAAAUUGACAGUGCAAGAGGCCUAACGACAGUUAGCCCAAGCAAUGAAAAUGAUGAAUUCACGACUUUAACUACCCCAGUUCCUCCAGUUGGAAAUAACAGCAAUACAGACCAACAGGUUGUUAUCGUUACCCCCAGCAGCAAACCCGAGGCUGGCCUAAAAGAACAAACACCUACCAUGGUCCUGCAUGUGUCUAAACCAUCAACCAGCAACACAAUUCUUUUUACAGAAGAUACAGAUGAUAACCAAUUGUUUUCUUCAGUUACAAAAAGUACACAACAAGGAAGUCCAUCCCCAGAGCUCAUCACCAACACUGAUAUUAUUAUUGAUGCAGAUACCCUUGCCAUUGUCGCCUCGUCUCCAUACAAGCCAACAAUACAGACAGAAGAGGCAGGGGGUGUCACAGCAAUUACAAUGACACAACAAUUGGGGGUGACAGAACCAGAGGGUUCAGGAACCGAUGCAGUCAUCGUUUUCACUUCUACACAUGUGCCUUUACAUGCAUCAGCCACUUCAGCCUCCUCUGAAUAUUUCCCAUCCACAUCAGAUGCUACGGCGACAGUCACUGAACACACUGAAAUAUCAUCCCAAAUGAGCCUGGCAAUGACCAUUUCAACGAUAUCAAGCCAUAAAGUAUCAGAUGACAAGACCACAUCACACACAGAUCUCAAGCAGGUAGAUGAUGACAAUAAAGAAACAAACUUAAUCUCAUCCACAGCAAUUGCAGCCACAAGUUCUGAUGUGAUUGCAUCAUCAAACAUCUCUGUACAACCAGUCACUGCAGCAUCACACACGCCAGUGUCUACUGAACCAGCUUCAGUAAAACCGAACAGUCAAAUGUCUCAUGAAGAGUCAUCAAGUAGCUAUGACUUAGAUGAAGGCUCUGCAGUAGACAACCUGAUCAGAGCUGAAACCACAGUAACAUCUUCUGUAUGGACAAAACCAACAUCACAAGUGUCUUCAAUGUCCAGCACAGAAAAGCCUGAAAUUGAUGAAACUGUCACAGAUGAAGAUGUUAAAAGUGUUCUCUCAUCUCUCUAUAGUACAUUAACACCAACAGCAAAUGUUGUACAAGAUGUCACUGACAUCUCAGUUAACGUAAGGCAGACAACAUCAUUUGUGGAUGCUUCCCCUGAGCUUGCGAGUGGGGAGUUGGAAAGAGAAAAUGCUGUUUCAAGUACCUUCAGUACUUUGCAGUCCACUGUCACCUCCUUUACAGAAACACAAUCACAUGACCCCACCCUUGUUUCAGAACCUUCAACACAAACUGUUGCUCUUCAUGACAAAAAUAACACUGACAAUAGUCUCUCCACAACCUCAUUGUACCCUUUAGACGCAGAUGACAUCUCAAAUACCAAAACUGCUUCACCAGUAAUAACAGACUACGACACUCCUUCAUUCACAGAAGACUCCUUUUCAACAUCAACGGUACCUUCUGUAGAAAGUACUACUAACCCUGACCCAUCGAUUCAAUUUGUUUCCACUUUUAUCCCAGUAGUAGAUACUACUCCGCUCGGGGUUUCCUUCCAACAUGCCAGGUCUGAGAUUACAUUCACUCAUCAUCCCAGUAUUGCUGAGACGAUUGUUGUAGCCACAACAGACCCAAUGUUGCCCGUUGAGGGUUCAAGUCAGUAUUAUGUACCUAAUAAUGUGCCUCCACAAGGUGGGAUAGAAGAUAAACACGUUGAAUCAAGUAUUCCUCUGACUACCGAUGAUGCAAGUACCUUACCUCAUUCACAUGAAAUGGAAGGUAUCAAAGCAUCAAUCUCUCCUGAGGUUGAAUCCAUAACAACAUCUCUAGAAACUGUUCAGCCUGCAAAACCAGAAGAAAAGGCUGCUCGGACUGAAUCAACUAUGGAUGUGUCAAUAGAAAUAUCCCCUGAAAGUGCAGGGGAACAAAUCUUCCAAAAAACAACUGAAAUACUCUCAGAACAACCUGAAAAUACUCUCUCAACAACAGAACCAUCACUGUCAAGUGCUGUGACUCCAAAGGUCGCUGCCAGUUUAUAUGUCACUGGGGAGACUGUGAAUCCAACGACUCGGGAACCAGAUACAUUAGGUAAAAGUUCAAGCUCUUCAGAAAGUGGGGAGAUGUCUGCAUCAACAGAGAUAAGUAUUAUCACAUCAGCAGAAGAAGAUGGUUCAGGAGUCACAGUACCAAGUGUUUACAAUGCAGGCUCGGCUCGACCAACAUUGUCAUUUAGUGCGUCAACUCAGACACAGUCAUAUAAAGAAACAUCCGAUCAGCUGUCUACUGAGACACACAUGACAAAAACAUUUUCAACACAAUCCCGUGAUGUGAUAAGUACUGUGGCGUCUGGUAGUAUUGAGUCAGAAAUGACUGAUGUUUACAGUGAAGAAACCCAAUACAUAAAAAUAACAACCACACAGGACCCUACUCGUCUGACAGUAUCUGAACAAGCCUCCCCAGACACUGAAACAGUAGCAACAACUGUGCCUGCGAGACAUAUCUCAGAUGAAAAUGUCCUUUCUGGAUCUACUGAAACCCCAAUGAUAGACACAUAUUCAACACAGUCUCCAGAUGUGACAAGCACUGUUAAGUUACACAAAACAACACAUUUUAAUGAGUUAGAAUUAAUAGAUAUCGACAGUGAGGAGACACAUUACGAUGACAAAACAAGCACACAGGAAUCUGUUGGACUGGCAGUAUCUGGAGAAACCUCUACCGACCCAAAAACAGCUGCAGAACAAAUCUCAGAUAAAAACCUACUUUCUGGAUCUACUAAGACCUCCAUGACGGACACAUACUUUACACAGUCACCAGAUGUGACGAGCACUGUUGAGUUACCCAAUACACAGCAUUUCAAUGAGUUAGGUUUGAUGGAUGUUGACAGUGAGAAGACACAAUAUGAAAACAUAACAAACACACAGGGCCUUGGUGGUCUGACAGUUUCUGGAGAAACCUCUACGGACCAUAAAACAGAGCCUACAGAACAUAUGUCAUAUGAAAACAUCCUUUUUGAAACUACUGGGAGCCCCAUGACAGAGACAUACUGGACACAGUCCCCAGAUGUGACAAGCACGGUUGAGGCACCAAGUUUUGUCGAGUCAGGAUCGACAGAUGUUCACAUUGAAGAGACACAGAACAUUGACAUAACAAGCACAGCGCACCCCACUGAUCUAGCAAGUUCUGAAGAAACAUCUACGGACCCGAAAGCUGUGACAACAACAAUACCUGAAAAGCAUUUUUCAGAUGUCAAUGUCCUUCUUGUAUCAGAGCCCUCACAGGAAAGUAUUUCAGUACAAUUUGUCACAACUUUUCCUCCGCAACAUAACCCAACACCCCCUGAGGAAUCACUGGAGCAAGCACGUUCGGAGGUUGCACUUACCCAUCGCCCCUACACAGACGUCUCUUCCGAGGUUGAAUCACCAACUGGUCCAAUGUCUACAAGUCUGUUUAGUGAAUCAACAGCUAUCCUUGAUGCUUCUACUUCAGCUGUUGAACCUGGAUCUGCCUCAGUUGAACUAACAUCAAUUGAACCUACCGAUGAACACGUUUCAAGUGGUGAAAAAGCUGAACCAGAAAUAAUAACUCAGUCUCCACUUGACAUCAAUAAUGAAGGUAUAAGUGAGGAGACACCAGACUAUGAUACUUCAAAUCCCAACAUAGUGGAGAGUAUUCCACAUGACAAUGACAGGACAAAACCAACCAAAGUAACAGUGCACACUACUAACCAAGCUGAUGAGCUUUUUGACUCAGUAAGCAGUACUAAAAGUACUGCAGUGCUACAGGUAAAAUCUUCUCCAGGCUCUGAAAGUGCUUCACAAGGCCUCAACAGCCUGGAUUAUAGCACUAGCGAAACCAGCGCAGAUACUCUUUCCAGAAAUGGGAUGACCACAGCAAAGUCAAAAUCUGAUGAAAUCCAGACGGUCUUCAAGGUGGAUACUACUACCACAUCUCCAAAGUUGGAGUCUGCUAAAGUUAUCAAAACUGCUGGGGAUGAGGGAGUUCCAGAACCAAUAGAAAUACCUCAAAUACCACCCCAAGACCCUAACGUAUUCACAACAAUGGCACCAGCUGGCAAGCCAAGACAGAACAGGUUGUCUGUUGUAUCAUUCCCUGGCAACGAUGAAAAACUGGACAGUGACACAACCACACCGUCAUCUCCUAUUGGAAGAGAGUCACCAAUCAAAGCGAUGGACAUAACUUUACCUCCUGAUACAAACCUUGAUCAGGGACACACCGUUUUAGGAGAGGCUGUUGAAAUUUCAGGAGUUACCUCUUGUACUGUAAACAAGUGUCUGAAUGGUGGCUCUUGCUAUAUGAGCGGCAACAUUCCUGCAUGUAGCUGUGCACCUGGUUUUGGCGGUGAUCAUUGUGAAACAGAUAUUGAUGAAUGCCAGUCCAACCCUUGCCACAAUGGCGGUACAUGCGUUGAUGGAGUGGCGUGCUUCACAUGUGUUUGCCUACCGAGCUACUCAGGACAGUUUUGUGAGGAGGACACAGAGAUGUGUGAAUAUGGCUGGCACAAGUUUCAAGGCCAGUGCUACAAGUAUUUCCCCAGCAGGAAGGAGUGGGACUCAGCCGAGCGAGAGUGUCGCAUGCAUGGAGCUCACCUGACCAGCAUCCUCUCCAAUGAGGAGCAGCAGUUUGUCAACCGUCUUGGCCAGGACUACCAGUGGAUUGGUCUGAAUGAUAAGAUGUUUGACGGUGACUUCCGAUGGACCGAUGGCAGCCCUAUGCAUUAUGAAAACUGGAGGCCCCAGCAGCCGGACAGCUUCUUCUCUUCAGGAGAGGACUGUGUCGUGAUGAUCUGGCACGAGGACGGCCAGUGGAAUGACGUGCCGUGCAACUACCACCUCACCUUCACUUGCAAAAAGGGCACAGUGGCAUGCACCCAGCCUCCAGUAGUGGAGAACGCACAGACCUUUGGUUCACAACGUGACCGCUAUGAGGUCAACUCCCUGGUGAGGUACCAGUGCCAGACAGGUUACAUUCAGAAGCACCCUCCGACGAUCCGUUGCCGUGGCGACGGGCACUGGGACGCCCCUAAAAUAUCCUGCAUUAACCCGUCCAACUAUCAGAGAAACUUCAUGAGAAAGCAUCAACACAAACGUCUUUACAGCGUCAACAACUUCAACCAGAGGCCAGAACAGGCCUUCUCGCUCUAUCACCAGCGCUACAGAGUCAGUAGAGAUACCAGUGAACACAAGCGGAGGAGGCCGUGAUUCCCACUGCACUGUUGGUGCUUCUGGAACACAAGAGAUUACAAACAAUCCAAGAGGACCUGCAUUCUGGAUUUUUUUAAGUGCCUUUUAAAGAAGACGACUUCUUGCAAUCAAGAGACCCUGUUUUCUAAAGACGACGUGGAGAAAUACUUUCAGCUGGCUACUGGAAAUACCAACAAGUACAAAUAUUUUUGUUGUUGUUUUUAAACUGUGCUGGCAGUUACAUAACACAUUUGUAUUCUGGCUGUGCUGUUUAAAAAUCACCAUAAGUGUUCCUUAUUCUGAGAAGAUGAAAAGCAGAUGUGAAUUUAUAGCGCUUAUGUUAGUUAUGUCAAUGACACGUUUAGCAAAGAUGGAUGCAUCGGUGAUGAUCAUACCAAAUAAAAGAGAGUCGGAUCCUU